GGCUGAAAACAAAACCAGCAUGAGUGCUUGCAUCGGCCACGUUGGCCCCUUCAGUGGACGCACCUUCUGCCUCACAAAGGCACUCAGGGGCUUUGCAAACUUUCCGAAUAUUCUCCUCCUCAUGCUGCACAGAAAGUUACACUGUCGAGACAUGCAGGGUUCGCGGCUCCAGUGCUGGUGAAGCCACUGGUUGUGUUAUUGGACUUUUUUGGUGGAGUGAUGAAAGGAGUCGCCCUGUCAGUCUCAGAGAGCUGACGCCCACUGGGAGCCCUCUGAAGCCAGUGUACAUGGUGGCAUGUGGCUGGGAUUAGGGAAUUUCACUGUGGAUUAAAAUCUUUCCAACGCCUCCAUGGCCACUCGCUAAAAGAAAGGAGACUGAAGUUCCAGCAGAGAUCUGGUGAGCACUCUGAGCCCAUGGUCUCACUGAGCAGCUCCAGGAUGUUCCAGCUGGGUCACCUCCAGCCAAAUGGACACCGAAGCUGCAAAACCCGCUUGGUCACCAAAGACGGGCGCUGCAACAUCGAGUUUGGCAACAUUGAGUACAGCAACCACUUUGCGUACCUGAUGGACUUCUGGACCACCUUCGUGGAGAUCCGCUGGCGCUUCGUCCUCCUCCUAUUUGUGGCUGCAUUUACAGGCAGCUGGUUCAUCUUCAGCCUGCUGUGGUACUGGAUCGCAAAGAAUAAUGGUGAUCUGACCGGACAGAACCGCACAGACGGACAUGUUCAGUGCAUAGACAACGUUAAUGGCCUCACAACAGCAUUUCUGUACUCACUGGAGACCCAGACCACCAUUGGGUACGGUGGCAGGGCACUGACUGGUCACUGUGCUGGCACAGUGGCUCUAAUUAUCAUCCAGUCUUUAAUUGGAGUCUUUAUCAACUGCUUCAUGUGUGGUGUCAUCCUGGCCAAGAUCUCCUUACCCAAAAAAAGGGCAAAGACUGUGACCUUCAGCAAUACGGCUGUCAUCUGCUUAAAGAAAGGAAGUCUGUGUCUCCUGAUCAGAGUGGCCAACCUUCGAAAGACCUUAUUAAUUGGAAGCCAGAUCUACGGUAAACUACUGAAGACAACAACCACACCCGAUGGAGAGACCAUUAUCCUGGACCAGGUGGACAUUGACUUUAUGGUUGAUGCUGGAAAGGAUAACUUAUUUUUUGUUUGUCCUCUGACCCUCUACCAUGUGAUCAACAGAUCAAGUCCGUUCUACGAACUGUCAGCCGACACUCUCCCCCUGCAGGACUUUGAGCUGGUGGUGUUUUUGGACGGGACGGCCGAGUCCACCAGCUCAUCCUGUCAGGUCCGAACGUCCUACAUCCCACAGGAGAUUCAGUGGGGUUACACUUUCCUACCUAUAAUCUCGCGCACCAAGACAGGAAAAUACCGUGUAGAUUUCUCAAACUUUUCCAAAAGCGUCCGGGUCACCACGCCACACUGCAUCCGCUGCUUCGAGACCGAUGCAGACCAAAGAAACCACAACCACAACCAAGAAAAUCACAAGAAGAUGGGCAUUGACAACCUGGGGUUCCAAGUGAUUGAUAUUCACGACUCAGUGGAUGUCACUAAAAUGUGAGCAGGCAGGAAAGGAACUGUUGCCUAACUGAAAGUAAACCACAGCGAAUCAGGAUGUGGGAGACGAAGCAUGCAUUUGUUCCUUUGAAGCAAAGAUUCACUGCUAGUCUGACUGUAUGCAGUGAUGAACUGCUGAAGAAAUAUUUUGUCUGGCUGCUUCCUUCAGCUAACAUUUGAUUUACUCUUUUACCUUGAACAGCAAAAACUCAAAGCUGUUAAACUGUCUGGAUAAAAUUCAGACAUGAGCGAGAGUUAGGCUGCUCAUUACAGUCAAAUCUCUGUGGGGACUUUGUGUAGGUAAUAUGUGCAAGACGGAUUGAAGUUUUGACGCACAGAAAAUGAAAGGGGUAAAAUAGCAGAUGGCACAGUGGGUAUUUCUUGAGAAGAUUAGGGUCUGAGCCUGUUAUAAUGAAAAACUGUGUGCUUUAUAAAGGCUGCAGGAGGAAAUAAAAAGCAGGUCAGGCUUUUUCAGUUUGCUCAUUAUUCCUACUAAAACACUAACUAUAUGGUGGAGGUCAUGUCAUGUUGACAGAUAUUGUAUGCCUUGAUAAUUAGUACACUGUGAACGUAGGUGCUUAAAGCAUUGAUUUUAAUUGUGACUUGGCUACAUUUUGCAGAUCAUUCUGUGUAACACUGUAACUUCUCAGGGAAAGUAACAUCUUUAGUUGGAAUAAACCUUUUUUUCACAAUUCAUUCAUUUAUUGUCUGUUCU